AUGUCUGAAUUCUACGGUGGCGAACUGGGCCCGAAUGCGCCUCUCCCUACCGAUGUCACCAUUCCCCAGUUCAUGCUUGACCCCGCCUAUACCCAUCCAUUGCGUCCGCCACAAGGCGACAUUCCUUGCUUCAUCGAGGAUGCGACAGGAAGACGUGUCUCUCUAGGCGAGGUCAGAGACCGCACGACCGCGGUGGCGACGGUAUUGAAGGAGAAGUACAAGAUUGGAGAUGGCCAAGUGGGUGAGCGACUCGAUCCGAAGAACGACCAGUUGGUUAUUGACGCAAACAAGUACUCGUGUGCAGCCCCAAUCAUAUCGACUACCCCAUCGUGUUGUGGGCUAUCACCACCAUCGGUGGAAUAUUCAGGCAUGGGUUAUUUUCUUUCACGCGUUUUUCUCGCUGAACAAGUCAAUAGUGGCGCCAAUCCAUCCUACACGGCUUCUGAGAUUGAAUACCAACUCAAGGUCACCGAGGCAACCUUCAUUGUCGCCCACUCAAGCACUCUUACCGCUGUCCUCGAUGCUGCCAAGCGCACUGGACUGCCUCUGGAUCGCAUAGCACUCAUUGACGCCCCAGCCAAAGCUCCGGUUGUGACACUAUCCUCCCUGGUUUCCCCAGUGUUGGCCCGUGGCGCACCCAGCUUCUCACACGUCGGUAUCAAGCUAAAGCCUGGAGAAGGCGCGACCAGGGUUGCCAUGUUGUGCAUGUCUUCUGGCACCACAGGUCCUCCAAAGGCCGUCGCUAUCACACACGCUGCAAUUGUCGCGAACAUGGUCCAAAUGCGCGUCGCAUGUCUCACCGACAAUCCCUGGCUCGACAAAGGCGAUGUCGUGCUUGGCGUCUUGCCCUUCUUCCAUGUCGCUGGACUCGUUUUCAACCUGCAUUUCAUGAUCUUUAGUGCCACAACCCUCGUUGUUAUUCCCAAAUUCGACUUCCUCGCUAUGCUUGAAAGCAUUGUCCGAUAUCGGUUGGUCCCGCCGAUUGCUGUUGCGCUCGCCAAACAUCCGGUUGUCCGGAAAUACGAUCUCAGCGGAUUGAAGUUCAUCGGGUGCGGUGCCGCCCCGUUAACCAGCGAGCUGCAGGAACAACUUGUGCAGUUAUUCCCUCAGGUGAAGACGGGACAAGCUUAUGGGCUGACCGAAACUGCGACGAUUUUGUCCAUGACGCCUUUCCACGUACCAAGCUCAUUUGGCUCUGUUGGUCGUUUGAUUCCUGGAGUUCGUGUCCGACUAGUCAAACCGGAUGGCUCGCUAGCGGGGCCCAACGAGCCAGGUGAGCUUGUGGUCAAAACGCCAUCACUAUCUUUGGGGUACCACAAGAAUAAGAAAGCGACGGAAGAGUCGUUUAGCGCGGAUGGCUGGUUCCGGACUGGAGAUCAGGUGGUGAUUAAGGACAAUGGCGAGGUUUGGGUAACGGACAGGCUCAAGGAGUUGAUCAAGGUCCAAGGAUUCCAGGUGUCUCCCGCCGAGCUAGAGGGCUUGAUCUUAGACCACCCUGAUGUUUCUGACACAUGCGUCGUUGGCGCUCCAGAUGACCGACUGGGCGAAGUUCCUCUUGCAUUUGUUGUUUUAACUGCCGAUGCGGAGAAGCGAGCCAAGACAGACGCAGAGGCCAUCAAAACCUCGAUCAAAAAGCUCGUCUCGGAUAACAAAAUCCGCUACAAGCACCUCGCUGACGUCGAGUUCGUUGCUGUGAUUCCCAAAAAUGCGAGCGGGAAAAUACUGCGUCGGAUUCUGACGGAGGAGGUGCGGGCGCGAGUCAAGUCGAAGUCGAAGCUGUGA